GGGAGAGAAGUUUGCUUGUUAUUUCUUUGCAAUAUCUCCAAAUUUUACUUUAAUUAUGGAUUCCAUGUCGUAUAACUUUAAUAUGGACGAGCAAAAACCUAUUUUUACGACUGCCAGUGAUACUAAAGUGACAAGAACAACGGAGACAUUUGCACCAUCACCACCAUCAGACACAAGGACUAUAACCAGUCAGUCUGAGAACGUAUUUUCACAAUUGGGAGCGCAGUACCAGGACCGCAAUGAGAACGACCUGCUUACUCUCAUGGGGCAGCAGGAGCCGCGCGUGGGAGAUACCGCUCCAUCUACGGCGGAUAUCGACAUGAUGAACUUCCGAAUGAACGGCUCCGACAUGAUGUUCGAUGACGUUGGCAGCACUCACAACUUUUAUGUUGGUGGCAGCAGAGCAGAAUCUGUAGUGUCGUCAAACACCAACAUGUGGACGGAUUCGGGCGUCUCAUCGGGCAGGAACAAUGAAACCAUUGAUACGUUCGACUUCCUUGUCAAAAGUCUGACAUCGGCGAACAACUACGUAUCGAUGCUGACGCGUGAACAGUUGUCGGUGCUACGGUCCAUCCGACCCGGUCUUUUGUACGAGUUUCUGCAAGAGGUCGCCAAGCUGCGCAGCGAAAAGCGGAUGCGGCGCGCUUUGCCCAAUGUGAGUGAGUGUGCAUUCUGCAAAAACAACGGUGAGAACGAAGAAUGCUAUACGACGCAUAUGUUGAAAGACUGGCGCGGGCGCGUGCUUUGUCCCGUGCUGCGCGCCUUCCGUUGUCCGCGCUGCGGCGCCACCGGUGACCGCGCGCACACCAUCAAGUAUUGUCCCGACAACACUGAAGCUGGGUCGGACCGUAUGGGGCUAGCGUCUCGCCGCCGAGUGCAACCACCGGCAUCUCUACUGCUGAGUGGCGCAAGCAUGGGCCAGAAUGGUCUACCGGCAGGUCUUCGUACCCCACAGCCAGGUGGAUCUGGUCCCCCUGCGCCCUCCCCGCAACCCGCUACUGCCCCGCUCUCGCACUCCUCGCUUUGGUCUACAUUUGGAAUGAAUUAGGAGCGAUUUGCCCAUAAAAGACAAAUUUCCAAAUAUUUUGAGGUAAACUUGUAUUUAAACUAGUUAAAAGGAUUGAGUGUCGUAAUGUCAAAAAGUACAGCGACAUUUUAUUAAAUAAUACACAGGACAUUUAAAAAAAUGCGCUAUUACAUAGACACUUAUUGAAGCUCUAAUAACUACCACCGUAUUUGUUUGUACCUUAAGUACAUUACGUAUUGUGUUAUAUUCUAAGGCUGGUUGUUCACUUUACUACAGUUGACGUAGAAAAAUGAACAGUAAAACAGCAAGUCUUUGAAAUUAGUUAUUUCAAAUAAAUAUGCUGGUCAUACUUAAUUUGCAAAACUCGAGAGAAUAGACUGAAAUUAGAAUAUAGCUUCGUAAAAAAGAUUUGCGACGUGGGACAGAAUGGGCUUAUAAAAAAAAUAUUUAUAAUGUUCAAAUAACAGAUCCGCGUAGACUUGAAAAUACUUUCACUUAUUCAUUUAACCAUUUUCAUUGUUUUAUUUAGCAUAUCGAUCUUUUCGUUGGCCUGGCAUAUAUGCUUUCAACCAAUUACAUUUUAAAACGCGUAUCUCUUAUUAAAAUUAUUUGUAUACAAAACGUAUGUGCGUUUGCUUGUUAGUUUUCUUUCAUACGUAAAUAAUAAUUUCUUUGUAAAUUUUUCAUUGGGUUUUAAUACGUAUUCAGGGAUGUAAAGUUCACAACCAUAUUUUUUAAUGAAUUAUGUUAGAUUCGAUCAUCAAUCAUCAUACAAAUUCAUGCAUUAUACAAUUAAAUCAUUACUAUUCUGAACUUUAAAGAAUUUUAUUGUUAUUGUUCAUUUCUAAUAAUUAAAAUGUAAUAAUAAAUCCAACAUCAUUUCUGCAUUUUAGAAUCAGCUUAUAAUAUAAUGAAUUGCUGCAGUUUUAUACCAAUGAAAAAUCAUGUUUUCU